ACAUUCUGAUCCAUUAUCACCACUAGCCCACAUGACUUUCUUAAACUAAAAAAACAAAACAAUAAUCUCUCCCUUUUUUCUCUCUUUCUUUCAUUCUACUCUGUCUUUCCAUUCUUUUCAAUUAUUGGGGUUGGGUCAAAAACAAAAUCCCAACACAAAAAACCCCUUAACAAAAAAUUAUAACUCACUCCUACAACCUCUUCUUUGACAUCCAUUAAUCAAACCAAAUCCUCAUUGUUUAUUUUUUGUGCAAAAACGAUUUACCAACUAACUCAUACCUUCCUCUUCUUCUUGGUCUUCUCCUUCUACCAUACCAUUGUUUGUUUAUUUCUUAGUCUCUACUUCUUCCUACACCAAUACUUAAAAGCUCAAUCUCAACCACUCUUUCAAAAUCUUUUAUUUUUAGAAAAUUAAAAAUGUUGGAACUAAAGAGUCCCUUCAAGAAUAACAAAUUCUAUGUCAAAAUGAAGCUCAUGAAUAAACACAACACAAAACCUCAACAAGAUAAAACAUGUUUCUUUUUCACAUAUUACAAAUGGGUUCUUUGGCUUUCUCUUUCUCUAUAUUUCUUCACCUCUUAUCUCAUCACCAAUGACCCACAAAACCCAACAACAUCAACCAUUGUCUCAAAUUCUAAUCCCAAUGUUGUUUCUCAUAACACUAUAGGGGUGUUGAAAAAUUUGAAGGUGUUUAUUUAUGAGCUACCAUCAAAAUACAACAAUGAUUGGCUUUCAAAUGGGAGGUGCAAAACACAUUUAUUUGCUUCAGAAGUUGCUAUUCACACCGCAUUAUUGAAAAGCGAUGUUAGAACUUUUGACCCUUAUGAAGCUGAUUUCUUCUUCGUCCCAGUUUAUGUUUCUUGCAACUUCAGCACCGUUAACGGUUUUCCGGCAAUUGGACAUGCCCGUGCUCUUAUUUCCUCGGCCGUUGAACUCAUUUCCACCGAAUAUCCAUUCUGGAAUCGAAGCAGAGGAUCCGACCAUGUUUUCGUCGCUUCUCAUGAUUUCGGCGCAUGUUUUCAUACCCUGGAGGAUAAUGCCAUUGGUGAGGGAAUACCGGAGAUAUUGAAGAAUUCGAUUGUGUUGCAAACGUUUGGGGUUGAGUAUAAACAUCCUUGUCAAGAUGUUGAGAAUGUGGUGAUACCGCCGUAUGUUUCACCGGAAAAGGUACGGAGGACGCUUGAGAAAGCACCGGUAGAUGGACGGCGAGAUAUUUGGGCUUUUUUCAGAGGGAAAAUGGAAGUUCAUCCUAAAAACGUCAGUGGAAGGUUUUACAGCAAGCGCGUGCGAACCGAAAUAUGGAGAAAAUUCAAUGGCGAUCGAAGAUUUUACCUACAAAGACAUAGAUAUCCCGGUUAUCAAAUGGAAAUCGCACGUUCAGUGUUUUGUCUAUGUCCGCUAGGGUGGGCGCCAUGGAGUCCAAGACUUGUAGAAUCAGUAGCAUUAGGUUGUGUGCCUGUUAUAAUUGCCGAUGGAAUCCGUUUACCAUUUUCCUCCGCAGUAAACUGGCCGGAAAUAUCACUCACUGUGGCGGAAAAAGAUGUCGGAAAACUCGACAAAAUUCUAAAGCGCGUGGCAGCAACGAACCUAACCUUAAUUCAGAAGAACCUAUGGGACCCAAAAACAAGGCGGGCCCUACUUUUCAACAAUGAAAUCCAAGAAGGUGAUGCCACGUGGCAGGUGUUGGUUAGUUUGAGUGAGAAGCUUGGUAGGUCAUACCGUAGGUCUAUGGUUUCUAGCGAAUUGGAAAGUGACACGUGAAGGGAUUUGAUUGGAGGAGAAGUGUGACAGCGAAAUAAGAUGAGUUUUUCCUACGUGGAUGAGUUGGCAUUUGCAAUAAUUUGAUGACAGCUAAGAAUUUCAUUGCGCAGAAGGAAUUCUCUGAUGGUGGGACCCUCGGAGACAUGGGUUGAUGAGGUGGCAAACGUUGAUUUGAUGGAAGUGCAUAGAGAAAUUUUUUAUUUUUUAUUUUUAAUUUUAUACUAUAUUCAUUUGAUUUAUGAAGUUAAUUUUUGUUGUAAAUAAUUACUUGUUGUAGUAUACAAAUAGAUCAACUUGUAGUAUACAAAUAGAUUAAUAAAUAAUUUUUUAUUAUUUGUUA